AUGCUGGACUUCAUGGACUAUAUCCAGCUCGCCUUCUCCGAAGCGACCAACUGGAACCGCGACAAUUCCUAUUCGGCCUUGACGGCCACUGCACAGUCGCUGCUUGACUUCCCUCUCCCUGAGCGCCUGCAGGUGCAUCUCUCGUCGCUCUCGACGCCGCAUUUUGCGACCACGUAUACUCUCGGUACGGUCGGCCUCAUCGAUGGAUCAAUAUCGUAUCUGUUCAGCACCGUCCCCCUGAAUAACACGCCGUCCAAGAGCGGGCUCAUUCCCCUGCGGAAGCUCGUCCCCGGAUACCGUCAGAUCGAGGCGCCCGUGGCACCCGUGCGCGAUUGGGGAUGGGAUGCCAUUCUCGACAGCAGCAGCAGCAGCAGUGAUGGAAAUUCAGAUAUCCAGCGGAAAGCGACGCUGUUGUAUGCGACGCUGCACCUGCCUGCUCCUACGACUCUGACGGCACUCUUCCUGCGUCGCAUCUCCCCGACGACGCAGUUAUCGCUGGCCCUCUGCUCGACCCAAGGCCCGCCUCUGAUCAAAUCAGCGCCUCGGGCGGCGCUUCUCACGCAGAUCUCGCACGACACGGGCAAAUACUGCAACGAGUACCUGUUCAGCACCGACAACGCGCUGUUCGGCUGGCGAGGAUUGUGGAAUUUUGGACCCGAUCCCCUGCCCGCGAAGGACAAGGGCUCCGCUCCGCCCCGCCUGUCGCUCCUUUCCGCAGGCGCAGAAGCGUACUACUCCCCUGUUUCUUCCAUUGUGGGAUUGUCUACGGGGCUGAAGUUCACGACACUCCCAGCUGCGACUGAACCGGCACCUUCGUCGUCAUCAUCGUCGUCUUCAUCAUCAACUUCAAAUCACAAUGGGCCCAUCUCUACUUUCCCUUACACCCUCACGCUAACUCUCACGCCUCUCACGGGCUCUCUUUCGACGACAUACUCUCUCCGCGCCUCUCCAAACCUCGCCUUCAGCUCCCGCUUCGGCUUCAACGUCUACAGCUGGGAAAGCGAGAUGGUAGCCGGCUGCGAGUUUUGGCGCAAAAGCAGGCGCCCGGCCUCCCAACCACCACCAGAACCAGAGGACGACGGACUCGAAUGGGCAAGACGCAAGAUGGGCAUUAGCAGGAGCAUCAGCAUCACCCCACCAAGCGACACCCCUCCCACUGUCUCUACUGAACAAAAGAAAGAAGAAAAAGAAGUAGAACAAGGCGACUCCGUCGUCAAAAUCCGCGUCGACCAAUCCUGGAACGUGCGCAUCCUCUGGGAAGGCCGAGUAAAGGAACUCCUCGUCACGGCGGGCGUCUCACUGGGACCAGGAUCCUUCUCCGCAUUAUCGUCCACGCCUUCAUCGCCAUCUUCCUCUGGAGGAGGAAGUGGUGGUAGUACUGGAGGCAGUAGUACUACUGGACAAAGCGCAGGUGGAGGCAGCGCUCCUCCUUCGCGAUCAUCCUACUGGCGAGGCGUCGGAGUGUCGAUUUUGUAUUCUUCUUGA